GCGGCGGCUUUCCCGCCCCUCCCCCAGCUCCUCCCAUCACCCGCCCUUGGAGCGGGGGAAGGAGCCGGGGCGGAGCAAACAAGUUCUCAAGAGAAAUUGACGACGCCGUCCGGGUGUUGGAUUGGACAGUGAAUCUCCGUGGAGGCCUUGGCCCUGCAGGUUAGCACUUCUGUUGCUGUGUUAGAGUUGCACACGCUACGGUUUUUGGGCAGCACUUUCAAGAUGGAAAGAAUCAGCUGUUAGAAUCUGGCCCAGACCCACUUUCUGGAUGAUCACCAGUCUCUUGUGAUUGGAUUCAACCACUGAAUCCCACAUGUUUCUGAGCCCCUGGAUUUGGAUAGAGACAGCUCUCGAUCUUUCAGGCAUACUCCCAGCGUGACCCCUGACACUGAACAAUGGGGAGACCCAGGGAAAACCCUGACAGCACAGCCUCACCUCGUCAGGCUGCAACUGUGCCCAAAGCCACCCCAGCAGCACCCCGUUCCUCUGCCUCCUCCACCCAGGCCAAGACAACACCCACAGCCAGCCGACUGAAGAGUGCUCAGGCUGCUGGGAGUUCAGGUAGCAGCAGGGCACAGACAGACAAGCCAACCAGCAGCACCACUGCCAGAAGAGCUGGGCAAAGCUCUUCCCAAUCAAGGGCCACUGCAGCACAUGGCAGUGAUCAAGGAGACACCAAGAUAAGCUACAGAGUGACAGCUAAGAACCCCUCAGUGACUAGUGGAAGGAAACCCUGCUCCACAACAGCUAAAGCACCUGCCGGUGUCGACCCCUGCCUGGAAAGGAAUCAAUCCAGUCGCUCUCGGGCCAAUACCACUGGCCGGGGCAAAGAAAGCAAAUUUCCCUCCCUGCUGACAACAGAAGAUGUGGUGAAAGUGGAGAGGGAAACCCGGGGCCAGAGGGACAAUCCCAAGUGGUAUGAGUGGCGGAAAAACCGCAUCACGGCCUCAGUCGCACCCAGGAUUGCUAACAGCAAGUUUGUCAAUGGCAAGAGCUCAGAGGUGCCCCAGUCUUACCUUAAGGCCGUGGUGAGCUCUGGUUCCAAAGUGCAGACACCAGCCAUGUCCUGGGGCACCCAAAACGAGAAAAAGGCAGUGCAGGCAUAUGAGGAGCUCCAAUCCAGGAGGACAGGUAGGCCCGUGAAGGUGGAGGAGUGUGGCCUCUUCAUUCACCAAGAGAAGGAGUGGCUCGCAGCCAGCCCAGAUGGAAUUAUCAGAGAAGCAGAUACAGGGAAGCUACUGGGGCUGCUGGAGGUCAAGUGUCCCUAUAAGCACAGAGACAAGACAGUGAAAGAGGCCUGUAAGGACAAAGCCUUCUGCCUGGAAGUGGAUGGUGAGUCCUACUCCUUGAAGAGAAACCAUCCCUACUACACUCAGGUGCAGUGCCAGCUGGCAACAACAGGCUUUGACAGUGCUGAUUUUGUGGUUCACACCAACAAAGAUACAGUCAUCACCUCAGUGGACUUUGAUGCAGUGUUCUGGGAGAGAACUGAGCCCAAGCUGGAGAAGUUCUACAUGGAGGCUGUGAUUCCCCACCUGGAGGAGAAGAGAAGCAAUUCAGUUUGGGCUAGGGAAGAAUAAAGUAAUAGGGACAUCUGGCCACUACCCCACCAGGGACUUCUGUCUUCACCAGAUGCCAUGAUAGUAGUUUAAUGGACUCUCUCUGGUUCUGCCACAGCAGAACUAUGGGAUCUAGAACAUGAUGCCUGCGGAGUCCUGGUCUACAUUUAAAAAUUAGAUCUAACUAGCUACAUUUGUUCCCUAAAUGGUUUAGAUAGGUCUACCUAACCUCCAGUGUAGACAUGGCUAGGUCUUUUAAUGAGCUAGUUACUGCUCAGUGUAGGAACUAUCUUCAGUAUAGCUGCAGCACUUCUCCAGUGCUGCUGUAGUGGCUGUAAUAUAGACAUUGCUUGAGACUGGACUCUUCCUUCCUAUUAAGAUUGUAAGCUCCACGGGGCAAGGAUUGUAUCUCUCUUUGUCUCAUACAGGAGUGGAGACACAGGGAAUGAUUUUCUGGUUCUGUCUCAGCCCUUGGCAUUUAGUGCUCUGGGACUGAACUGAUUCCCUGUCUGUGUAGACAACUUCACUGUUCUCUCAACAGCUGCCCUCUUUUAAACUUCUUAUUCCAGUGCCUGGCAGCUGCUGCAAAGUAUCCCAUCUCUAGGGAAAUAAGUUGGUCUGUCUGUGAAAUGGUCUAGUUCAGGUUUUAGAGAAGAAGAUGGGUGAGAUAAUCUCACCCAUCUUCUCUCUCAUAUCCUGGGACCAACACGGUUACAACAAAACUGCAUAGUUCAAGGUUGUCUGGGGAGGGGGCUGGAUUCCAUUUAAUGGUCUGGGGUGUAAAUUCAAGACUAAACUUGAAUUUUAGUCUACCAAGGAAUCCUUGCUGCUGUCGAUAGCAGGUUUGCCAAAGAUCAAACAAAAGGUAUGGACUUUAAGGGGUAACUGAACUUGUAAUUAUGGGCCGCAUUGUCAAUUCAGCAUCAGACAAAGGAAUAAUGUGUUCUGCUUUAGAUGGACUGCUGUUUCUUCUCUUGCCAUCUUCCCUCACAACCUCUUUUCCACAGUCUGUCAAAAUGAUCAGCAGUUAACUGCUUACAUUUAAAGUGUUAUGUUAGGAUAUAGAUAUUCAGGCCUGUCUGUAAAGGCCUAUACUCUAAGAAUUCAGGUGUAUUCUUAUCACUUGGCUAGUUAGGGGUAUAAAAGAAAGAAUCAAAAUCACUGUCUGCCGGUGUAAGGUCCUUCUCUUACUGUGACAGUCUGAGGCCCUGUGCUUAGGCUAAGAUCUUUGGCUAAGCAGCAGAGGCAGCCAUAAGCUGGGAAGCGAACGGUCACAUCCUCACAUUCCAAACUAGUCACAUUGAAAUAAGGUGCUAUUGGGCUGUUAGGCACUAUCAGGACAGGAUUGUAUUCCUAUCACCUCCAGAGAAAGGGAAGUGCCUAGAAAAUGUAAAAGGAAACUUAGUUUGAUAGCAUCCUAUCUGGCAAGAACUCGCUUAUCAAUAGCUGGGAUGUGAAAUCCUCACUUCUGUAUUGUUUUGUCAUUAUAGUUCCCACUUUUUGCUAUUGUUUGUCUGUAUAAACUCUGUCUGGUUCUGUGAUUGUUUCUGUCGGCUGUAUAAUUAAUUUUGCUGGGUGUAAACUAAUUAAGGUGGUGGGAUAUAAGUGGUUACAUAAUCAUGUUACAAUAUGUUAGGAUUGGUUAGUUAAAUUUCAGGAAAAUGAUUGGUUUCAGAGUAACAGCCGUGUUAGUCUGUAUUCGCAAAAAGAAAAGGAGUACUUGUGGCACCUUAGAGACUAACCAAUAGUCUCUAAGGUGCCACAAGUACUCCUUUUCUUUUAGGAAAAUGAUUGGUUAAGGUAUAGCUAAGCAGAACUCAAUCAGGAAGUGAGUGGGGUGUGGGGGGGGAAUGGGAGUGGGGAAAUUGGAAUCAUGUUUAGCUAAGGGCAGAAAUAGGAACAGGGAAUGGGGGUGGGGAAAUUGGAAUCAUGUUUGUUCCCAUUUCUGCCCUUAGCCAGAGACACAGGUGUAAGGCUCUGUGGUGUCAGAGCUGGGAAGGGGGACACUAAGGAAGGAAACUGGAAUCAUGGCUUGCUGUAAGUUCACCCCAAUAAACAUCGAAUUGUUUGCACCUUUGGA